AGAGUUUAAAAUCAUCAUUACUAAGAAAUGAAGCCCAAAGCUUUGAUCGCAAUAGCGUCUGGUAGUAGUGAUGUUGAUGUAAUCGUGACAUCAUCAGUGCUUUCCAAUCUUGGAGUUCAAGUCAUCAUUGCAUCAGCCGAUGGUUGGUCCCCUGUCACGCUCCAAAACGGUUUGGUAAUUAAACCGACAUGCAGCCUUGAACGAGCAUUCAGAAGUUCUAAUGAGUUGUUUGAUCUGCUACUUCUUCCCGAUGGAGAUGACGUCAGCAUUGGUCGCUUGAAUACUCAUCCAGUAUUAUCUUCUAUUGUAAAAGCAAUUACUGAGGAACCUCGACAUACUGAACUAAUCAAAACGGAUGUUGUUGAAACAAAUAAUAACACCUGGAUUAUCACAGCUGGAGGGUCAGUGAGGCUGUUAUACACUUGGAAUAUUCUGACAAAAUGCUCAGAGGGAAGACCGAAAGCAAUAUUGAAUUUUGUAAAGACUUGGAUGAUAACAGAAGCGAAGGGAUCAAAAAUAGUUCACAAUAUACCUUCAAAUCGACAAAAUGUUAAAAUUAUCAUGUGCUCUCCCGCACCUGAGAACGAUCCACUUCGAACAGUAAAUGCAUGCGCCGCUGUUGCACGAAUGUGCAUGAUCAAGUGUCGCAAGAAAGAAGAGUUGUCGAAAUACGGAAAUUAUACAUUUUCGAUGAUUGAAACAUAUAGAAAGAUAGAAUUGGGUCGCAAUGUAUCAGAAAAUAUAAGAAAAAUUUUGAUGAAGCUCACAGAUAAUCCUCGGAUUCCUUUGAUUAUACGGAAAUUUUGUUUAAUCCCCAUAUGUGCUGUCGUGAACUCGGAGAGACCACAUGCUUUCAAUAUGGGGAAACUUCAUCCUGGGAAGAGUUUAGAAAAAUUACCUAAUUAUUGUGAAGAAGCUGAAGUUCAUUCAACAAAAACCACGAUAGAUUUGUUGACAAAAUCAUCAUCAUAUGCAGUAAACAUUGUUUGGAAAUUUGUCCAAGAAUCCCUGCAGCUACGAAAAAGACCCCUGACAAUGUGCCGUGCAGCUAUUCUUACAGCGAAUCGAGUAAACGAGCAACUACUUGCUGUUCUUGUUCAUGAACUCAGGAAAAAAUUCAAAAUCCCAACUGACGUUAUUGCUUGUGAUCGAUCGAUAUUAAAAACAAGAGAUCCUUUCAUCACAACACAUGGAAUGUUUCAGAUACGAUGUGACGCUGCUAUUGAAACAGUUCGCCCUUGCUAUGACGUCAUUGUAGUAAUUGACAGUGAAGUGGAUGUCCGGGGACCAGGAAUGUGGUAUCGGAAAAGCACGUUUAAUUGGGAUGAUUUCGAAACAAUACAAAAAUCGGGUCCACCGCCUUAUGCGUCUUGUGUCACGGCAACUUUCGAUAGAAGCAGAGAUGGUGGGAAAUCGGCAUUGCAAUCAGUAAACAAACAGACGAAGAGAAAGCUAAAUCCAUUAACAAAUCAAUAUGUAACAACGGAAAUGAUGCAGCAAAAAGAUGAUUAUCAACCACCAAUCCGUGAGGCGACUUUUUUCGGGGUUUGUAGCAAGCGCGGUCAAAGGAAAGAAGGAUUCUUUAGCGAGCGUGACUGUCACGAUUUAGUGUUUCAGUCAUUCCUGCCCUUCCACAGCAAGGCUGAUAUGCACACCACUGUCUCUAGCAAAACCUCAGCGCAAGAUGCUGUUGCUUUUGCUCGUGCCGUAACUGAUUGUCUUAGCUACUUGAUGGCGCAACGGGGUCAAGGAAGUAUGGCUAUAACCAACGAAUCAAGAUGUUGUAUCCUGUAACGUGGAGUUUUUUCUCAUUUUCCUCCGAUUAUUCAGUAAUCUACUAGACUUGACCAACAGGAUUCGUUUAGUUAUGAAUUAACUAUUAAAUAUGUAAAAUGGACUUUAACAGUGUUGUACCGUUUUUAUCGCAGCCAUGUUCUAGAAAUUUUGAAAAGUUAUUAGACAAUCGAGUGACAUAGACAAGAAAAAACAACUUCAUUAUGAAACAUGCUUAAUAGACCACACUUGGCAUUUAUCAUACAAUCUUUUAAAAGUCUAUUAGUUUCAAAUGUUUGUCAUGGUUUUCCAUUGUAUUUACUGUGAAGAUUUAUGAAAUAGAGCUAUCAUCUUCUGUUUUGUAAAUUUAUAAAGUGAUGAUUUUUAUUACUAAUGAGAUGUCGCACAUCAAGAUAAGAACCACUGGA